AAAAGGAAGCGCCUACAUAUUAAACAAUGGAAAUAAUAAAUUAAAGAACUAUUACUAACUUCGAUAUUUUCUUGCAGUACGCAGGCGCGUUGCUUAAAUGGUUACAAACCUGGAAAUAUGCUUAAUUUGAUUUCUUCACGACGAAACUAUCCUUGAACAUGUGUAUGGAGACCCUGCACCGUGAUCCCCAAUUCUAUAAAUAUGUUCAACAACCUAGUUUGUUUUUUUAGAAUUUAAACCCUACAAAUAUUUAAGGUAUACAGUAGUGGAUAUGGGUUUUCUAGUUCCUCUCCAAAUUGUGUUUUUUGCGACGUUAGCUCUAUGUAGUUCUUUUCUACAAAGUAGCACUUUAAGCAAUACAACAAUCAUUGGGAGUAUAUCAAGUGAACUCCCAUCAUCAUUCACACUUUUGUCCUCAUCGACUCCGACAAGUCCUGCAAUAAUUUUAAGUUCAUGGGGUCCUUGGUUAAACAGCAGUUCUGUAGCAACAUCAUUAACACCUUCAUUAUCAUCAAGUUCCGAACAAACUGCAACAGAAACUAUUCCUGUAAGUACUUAUGUACCUGUCACUCUGGAUAUUUGUUCCUUCAGCUUGUAUGCAUUGGGUACUGGAAUUUAUGAUACUUCAUUAGGUUUAGAGUUAAUUGACGGAAUCGUUGGUCUUACAGUUGGUGCUCCUGCAUCAAGCUUUAACUUUACUUAUGACACUGAGUUAAGAGUAGGGUAUAUUACAAUCUUAGGAGACAUCCCACAAGGCCAACUGGAUUCCUUCCCUGAAGGACCAUAUCUUCAGAAUCCUGCCAACAACGCUUUUCAUGUAGGAGCCAAUCCUGUUUACUCUUGGGGUGUUGAAUAUUAUGUAGAAGGAUUAUAUGAAUUAACUUACGCUGUAGGAUCCGGAUUAUAUGCUUGUUAUGCUGAAGGUACGGAAACUUACAUUAUUGGUGACGAUGAAGACUUAAAUUCUUCAUGUAUACCAGUUGGAGUCUACUUAUCCAACGUUGAAUUCUGUCCACCCCCUCCAUCAACAUCGAGUAUUGCAGUAUCAUCUUCCUCAGAAUCUUCCACCUCAAUUGCUCCUACUAAUAUUGCAUCUACUAGUACAUUGACACCUUCAUUAUCAUCAAGUUCCGAACAAACUGCAACAGAAACUAUUCCUGUAAGUACUUAUAUACCUGUCACUCUGGAUAUUUGUUCCUUCAGCUUGUAUGCAUUUGGUACUGGAAUUUAUGAUACUUCAUUAGGUUUAGAGUUAAUUGACGGAAUCGUUGGUCUUACAGUUGGUGCUCCUGCAUCAAGCUUUAACUUUACUUAUGACACUGAGUUAAGAGUAGGGUAUAUUACAAUCUUAGGAGACAUCCCACAAGGCCAACUGGAUUCCUUCCCUGAAGGACCAUAUCUUCAGAAUCCUGCCAACAACGCUUUUCAUGUAGGAGCCAAUCCUGUUUACUCUUGGGGUGUUGAAUAUUAUGUAGAAGGAUUAUAUGAAUUAACUUACGCUGUAGGAUCCGGAUUAUAUGCUUGUUAUGCUGAAGGUACGGAAACUUACAUUAUUGGUGACGAUGAAGACUUAAAUUCUUCAUGUAUACCAGUUGGAGUCUACUUAUCCAACGUUGAAUUCUGUCCACCCCCUCCAUCAACAUCGAGUAUUGCAGUAUCAUCUUCCUCAGAAUCUUCCACUUCAACCACUUCUAGUUCAACAGUUUCUACUUCUUCAACUACUUCUUCAACUACUUCUUCAACUACUUCUUCAACUACUUCUUCAACUACUUCAACUACUUCAACUACUUCUUCAACUACUUCAACUACUUCUUCAACUACUUCAACUACUUCUUCAACUACUUCAACUACUUCAACGACUUCAACAUUCCAAACAGGAUUUACUACAGUUAUUACUACAACAACUGCAAUAUUCUCGUUACCUUCAUCUGUAGCAGAAUUAUUUGAACUUUCAGUUGAAUUAGAAGGAUUAGAAGAACAAAUUGAAGCCUUAUAUGUCGCAGAUUUAGCUGCUUUAACAUUGCAAAAGAGAGCAGGAGGUUAUAUCUUGGGUGUAAAUCUUGGUGGAGAUGCCGUGCUUUUUAGUUUGAAUCAAACAACAGGAGUUCUUUCAGCUUCUAAUGGUUUGUAUGUUCAAGCUCCAGAUGCCGAUGGAGAUCUUGUACUUGGACCAGAUCCUGUUCCAGGUUGGGGUUAUAGUACGACUGGAUCAUUAGUCUAUGAUAACAGCUCAUUAUUCUACAGUUGUUCAUAUGGUAAUGACUCAUAUAUUAUCAAGAAUAUUAACUCAGGAGGUUGUUCUUCAUUAGAUGUGUCCUUGAAUCCUAUAGUAGGUCCACUUCCAUCUGGUUCCUACUUCAGUCCAACAAUAACUUAUCCAUCUGGAUCAGAAACUGAUGUCGGAACAUCGGGCUCACCAACAAGUGAAUCCUCAACUUCUGAAACCACAAGCACUUCGUCUGAAGGUUCAAGUUCACCAGAGACUUCUCCAACUACAGGCACUUCAUCUGAAGAUUCAAGUGAAUCAGGCUCCUCAGGUACUACUCCAACUACUGGUACUACUCCAACUACUGGUGUAUCAUCUGAAGCUUCAGGCACUACUCCAACUACUGGUACUACUCCAACUACUGGUACUACUCCAACUACUGGUGUAUCAUCUGAAGCUUCAGGCACUACUCCAACUACUGGUGAAUCAUCCGAAACUUCAGGUACUAAUCCAACUACUGGCACUACUCCAACUACUGGUACUAUUCCAACUACCGGUACUCCAACUACUGGAGCCUCAUCUGAAACUUCAAGUUCAUCAGAAUCCAGUUCUAGUAACAGUGAAGAGAGUUCCGGGUUACCAUCUACAUCUGCUUCUGGCUCUGAAACCGGAUCACAAACUUCAGGAACCAGUUCAGAGGUUUCUGUGGCAUCAUCAGUUGCUUCUGGUUCAGAAAGCGAAAGCGUGACUUCUAGUCCAUCUUCAGUAGUUUCCCUGAGUUCCCUGAGUUCUCAAACAGAAACCACUACUUAUGGAUUCCUUAUAACUGCUGUGGCCGCACCACCAGUUGAAUUCAGUGAAUUGGUCAACUAUUCCGGAGAUAAUAUUAUAUUGAAUAGGGACGAAGGAAGCCACUUUGAAUUACAACUUCCAGAAGGAUAUAUUACAGUCAAUGACUUAUAUUUUGUAGGCGAUAGCAAUGGAUUCCAUCUUACCGAUUCAGCAAUUGGAGGAUGGCUGUUUAUCGGAGAUCCAGUAUUGGAAUUGAACGGACAAAGUGAUUUCUACAUCUGUCCAGAUGAAGCUGCUCCUUUACAAUUAUCAUCAAUUGCAAGUGACUGUUUCCUUGGUCAAUUUAGUAUAGUUCUCGAAAGUGCUACUUCAGCCACUGGCACAACCACUGGUACAACCACUGGCACAACCACUAGUACAACCACUGGCACAACCACUAGUACAACCACUGGCACAACCACUGGCACAACCACUGGCACAACCACUGGCACUACUACUGGCACUACUACUGGCGCUGGUACUGGUACUGGUGCUGCAACAGCUAAUCCAACUGGAGGAAGUUCCACUGGAUCUACUAUCACUACAGUCUAUACCUCUAGUGAAAUUAUCACGAUAACACAAUGUGCUAGCACAGUUACUGACUGUCCAGCUAGGUCAAUCAAGACUACUACUAUCCUUCACACUAUCACCACUACUUACUGUCCAGAAACUGCAGCGCAAGCUACUGGUGGUCUGACUACUACCGCCACAUUCAUUUCUAAUAAAAUAAUUACCAUUACUCAGUGUCCAAAGACUGUUACGAACUGUCCACUUAAUUCUAUUAAGACUGUGACUAUUCCUCAUACUGUCACCACAACAUACUGUCCAGAGGAAGAAGGUACCAUUGCACCUACGUUAACUCCACUUGGAGGAACAGAAGCUGGUAUUUUCACAUCUUAUGAAACAUUGACGAUCACUACAGCCAAUUCUAUCGAGACUACUACAGUCACACAUUUGAUUACUGUUACUACUCCAAAUGCUGCAGGUCCAGCUGCAAAUGAAGCCGCUGCUGCUACAGGAGCCAUAGCUGGUGGUAGUGAAACUACAGGUCCAAAUGCGGCAGGUGCUAUUGAAGCUACUGGUACUACAGCUGGUGUCAUUGCUCAAAGCAGUUCCAGUGCUGCAGGCACUUCUGAACAGACAAGUUCAAUCGCUCCUGCAGUAUCAAUUCCUUCUAGUGUUUCCAACAACGCUAACACUGUUCUCCAUAGUUUCGGAGCUAUUUUCGUGUCUAUCUUAGUUUUCUUGUUUUAAUCUAUUUGCAAGACUUCCCCAGGUACAUAUAUAUAUUUCUUCUAGUAUUUGACUACUCGUAUUAGCUUCCAAAGUAUCGGAGCCAUUUUCUGUCUUUCCCUUUCGGUUUCUCGUUUUAAUCUUUUAACAGGGUUUAUAACAUAGAUAAUUAUUUCUUAUUACAUUGUUUUUCAUAUAUAUUAAUAUAUAUCAUUUUCAAUAAUUAUGGUAGACUACAUUUAUAAAAGAGUUAU